GGCGACACUUAAAAAUUCCAAGUCAUGUCUUUUCUUUUAAAAUCUAGAUUAGUGGUGGUGAGCGGCCGGCAAUUUAUUUUGAGAGGUGAAAUAAAUAAACACCGGUUUGUUACAAUGUCUCAGUUAUUGGACAAAGUGUUAGAUGUUGAGAUCGAUGGUUUUGGAAGAUUUAAAUAUAUCUUGAUCAACGUGCAGGACGAUGCUAGCAAAGCUAGUAAGCAAAUUGUUAGAGGAAAUGCAAGAUCACAGUGGCAUGCUGAUAUAUUCGACAAGAUUAACGAGGAAAUCAAGAAACAUCCUGGUUUGCAGACAAAUUGCUUAGGCGGUGGAAGAAUUGAACAUGAUCCUGAUAACAAAACUAUUAAAGUUUUUGGAUAUUCGCAAGGAUUUGGCAAAGCUGAUCAUCAAGUGUCGGUUGAGUUACUGAAGAAAAAAUAUCCUGACUACGACAUUACAUGGUCGGACGAAGGCUACUAAUCAGGAAAUACAUAAUGACGUAUAUUUUUCUCGUUUGCAAACAUUUUUUGGAUUUAAUAAAUAUACAUGUAAUAAUAUAGGAAUUAAAACACCCUGACUCCC